AUGGGGUAUUAUUUAGCCGAUGGUAUAUAUCCUGAGUGGGCUACAUUUGUGAAGACCAUUUCAAUGCCACAAGGAGAGAAGAAAAAAUUAUUUGCUCAACAUCAAGAAUCCGCUAGAAAAGAUGUGGAGAGGGCAUUUGGAGUGCUUCAAUCUCGAUUUGCAAUUAUACGUGGUCCAGCGCGUGCCUGGCACAUGGACACCCUCAAACAUACCAUAUAUGCGUGCAUCAUAUUGCACAACAUGAUUGUUGAAGAUGAACGACAUACAUAUGGAGGUAAUUUUGAUUACUCUUAUGAUAAUGUGGAUAACAAUCACUCAACAACUGAAACAUUUAGCGGUCCUCAUCCGAAUCUUGCAACAAGACUACAAAGAAGAGCAAAUAUUCGUGAAAAACAAGUUCAUCGUCAACUUCAAGGAGAUCUAGUCGAGUAUAUUUGGGAACGUUUUGGACAUGAAGAUGAUGAAAUUUAUGUUAAAUUGUAA